AUUUUUAAUAAUAAUGACUAUAAAUUUAAAAAAAGAAGAUUUUUAUAUGUUAGAAUGGGCAUUACUCAAAGGAGAAAAUAUAAACAUAAAUAUCGGGAUAGAAAGGUUAAUUCAGCUAGUUAUAGAUGGUGAUUUUAAGACAGUAUUUUUGUCAUCAGAAAUACAGAGGAUUUUUAAGAAAAGUUACAAAGAUGUUAAUAUUAUACAAGAACCCGGACCACAUAAGCUAAAAAAAUACAUUGAAGAUAGAAUUUCAGAUAACCCUCCUACUCUGGAGGGGGAAUUACAUCUUCUUUUGCUUGCAAUUUCAUCUAUUCAUGUAUUUAUACAGAUCCAUUUUACAGGACCUAAACCAGUAUUUGAUUCAUAUAUUUUACUGCCAGAUGAGUGGAAAAUGGGAUAUUCAGAGUUGCAAUUGAAUAAAGAUGCGUUGAAAUGUCUAGAAAUCGGUAGUGCUUAUCCUUAUCAUCUUAUGCAAUAUUCAAUUUUUUUAUUAAUAUCAAAAAUUAUACUUUCAAAGACAUUUAAAUACAGCAAAACAUGUUUUUGGUGGAAAGCAAGAGUGGAUUUUAUGCAUCAACGUAUUCUGGAUGAGAAGGUAGCAAUACUUCAUGAUUGUAUUUUUGAAAACAUGGAAAAAAUGAAAAUAGAAUGUAAAAAACAUGAAUCUCAUGUUUAUGCAUGUUAUUUACUUGAGCUUGAACUGUGUUUAUCAUAUUAUGGGCAGAAUUCUAAAGCACUUGAUACUAUUAAAGAUGCUUCAAAAAAAACUGGGUUAAAAUGGGUUUUAACAGGAAUUCUAGGACGUAGAACUAAAUUUCAAACAUUUGAUACAAGUCAACUUGUAUUAAUUGCUAAGGGAAAUGAAGAGGUUGAGGAAAUACAAAAAGGAAAUCAGAAAAUACCUAAAACACUUGAUUUAAAUGAUGAUACGCUUCUUGAAACAAUAUCUUUUAAAUCUGGGAAAAUUGUUUCUUCUGAAUAUCACCAAGACUCAUGUAUUCCAAGGUCUUUAGAAGAUAUUGAUCCUAAUGAUCCACCUUCUCUUAAUCCUUUGGAUUCAUGUAUUUUAUUGGCAUUAACUCUCUUGAUUAAAAAUACGAAUCCUAAUGAUGGAUUAACAAUGGAAGAAAUGGCAUCAUAUAUUGACAGGGUGUUAAAACAUCCUAGGAAUUGGACUGUGCACAGUAUGGCACUUUUUAUUCGCUCUGAAUUAGAGAUUACUAAAGGAAGAACUAUGGAACGAAGUAUAUUACAAUUACAAGUUCUAGUUGAUCAAUUGCUAGAUGAUAUAGAUUGUUCAGAAGAUAUGCCAAAAAAUACAUCAUUCUUGCGAAAACCUCAUUCAUAUGAAGAAUCUGCAUCUACAAAACAAAGACUAAUGUAUGUAUGGCAACUUUUACUUCUUCCUCGCUGGGCUAUAGAAGAGGAAUUGGCUAAUAGAUACAUGUCUAUUGGAAUAAUUAGAUCAGCAUUAGAGAUUUUUGAAAGAUUGCAAAUGUGGGAAAAAAUUGCAAUAUGUUGGAAUGCAUUAGAUAAAAAAGAUAAAGCAAUUGAUGUUCUUGUUUCACAACUUGCAAUAGAACCUAAGAAUCCUAAAAUAUUGACAUUGCUUGGUGAUAUAGAGCAAAAUCCGGAUCAUUGGAUAAAAGCAUGGAAUGUUUCUGGCAACAGAUAUGCUAAAGCUCAGAAAUCUCUUGGGAUGUUUUAUUAUUCAAGACAAGAAUUUGAAAAAAGUGCAGAAGCACUUAAGCUAUCAUUAGAUAUAAAUUCUUUAAAUUAUUCUGCAUGGUUUACAUAUGGAUGUUGUCACUUAAAAUUAAGUAAUUGGCAGAUAGCUUCAGAAGCUUUUACUCGUUGUGUCAGUUUAGAUCCAUCUGAUGGUGAAAGUUGGAACAAUUUGUCCCUGUCAUUUCUUAAAUAUGAUCCACCAAGAAAGCAAGAUGCAUGGAAUGCAUUGAAGCAAGCACUUAGUAGUUGUUAUGAAUCAUGGAGAAUUUGGGAAAAUUAUUUAACAUUAUCUUUAGAUAUGCUUGAAUGGAAUGAAGUGAUAAGGUCUAUGCGUAGAUGUAUAGAAUUAAGAGGGGAAAAGCUUGGUGAAAAUGUUAUUGAUAUAAAAAUUUUGGAAAUACUUGUUCAUGAAGUAACUAAAAAUGAAUAUACUGGAGAUGAAAAGGGAUUUAUAAAGAAUUCUAUUGAGUUAAUAACUAAUAUAAUACCUCCUUUAAUAACAUCAAAACCAGAACUAUGGAGUCUUGUUGCUAAAAUUAAUAUUUGGAGAAAAAAUCCUUCUGAUGCUUUAGAAGCUUAUAUAAAGUCAUAUAAUAUUUGGACGUCUAAAGCAAAUAUAAAUACUAAUAGAGAUGUAUGGAUAGGAACUGUAAAGUCUGCAAUGGAAUUGGUUGAUGCAUAUGAAACUUUUGGUUCAAUGAAGGAUCAUAUGGGUAAUUUAAUUAUGCCUGAUUGGAAAUUUAAGGCAAAAAGCAUUCUUAGGACAUUAAAAGGGAAAGGUCAAAUGUCUUGGAGUGAAUCAGAAGAGUUUAAUAGGAUUACAGAGUCUUUAGAAAAAUUAAAUAAAUAAACUAUUUGUAAAAAGAAAUAAUAUAAAAACAUCUACAGAUA